CUUUUCGAAGCUAGUGUACUGUAUAAAUCGAAGUUUGCUUUUUAGGCUUUUUGCUGUAUUGUUUAUUGCCUUUAAGUUCAUGUAAAGAUUCCUCUGCACUCUUGUAUAUUAAUAUAUAUAACGAGUAGGCCAACUACCCCAUAAACUCCUUUCUCAGGUGCUCCUCCCAGCAGUCUCUUUCAUUUCAUCUCUCUCUCUCUCUCUCUCUCUCUCUCUCAUGGAAGCAGCAGCAGCAACAACAUCAAAUUCUGCAGAUUCAUUUCCCAAUCUAAGAAUCAUAGUAGAAAGCAAUCCCUCUGAGUCGCGCUUAUCUGAGUUGGGCAUUAACUCAUGGCCCAAAUGGGGGUGUCCACCGGGGAAGUACACGCUCAAGUUUGACGCAGCAGAGACAUGUUAUCUGGUAAAAGGCAAAGUGAAGGUAUAUCCUAAGAAAGCAGCAGCCUCCUCCUCCUCAUCUUCAUCUCAUCAUCAUCAUCAUCAGGACGUUGUUGAGUUUGUAGAGUUUGGUGCAGGGGACCUUGUCACCAUCCCCAAAGGCCUUAGUUGCACUUGGGACGUCUCCGUUGCCGUUGAUAAGCACUACAAAUUCGACUCUUCAUGAUCAACGGCCAUGAUCUUACUAAUAAGCUAAGCUAGUGAUCAUUUGAGCAGAGCAGCCUUCUUUUUAGCUUCUGGUUUAUAUAUGUAUAUAUAUAUAUAUAUAUAUGUAGAUGUAGUAGCAGCUGCCAUGUCAUGCCAGUUCUAAACUUGAAAUAUUCAGUAUGUAUGUGUGUCUACUUUUAUGAAUUAAAUUAAUGUAAAGUGAUGUUAAUCUUCUUGCUUGA